CCAGUCUGGCUCUGACUGAUGUGAUGCACACUCAGGUUUCAGACCUCCACAUACGUCUGUUAUGAUGUUAAACAGGACGGACGCAUCCUCACCCGUCCGCACCUCCUGCUCAUUUACAGGAAACGCAGGAACAGGAUGUUUGAGCUUUAAAAGAGAAGAUCAGACCGAGCUCCAGUCUCAGGCCACUUCACAGUCAGUUUAGAACCUGCUCCACCUGCUCUCAGACACGACACCAACUCACACAGGGGCCGUUUCUCUUCAUAUAUUUAUUAACGCUGAUGCAGCAGAUCUGCAGCGGACUUCAACCAGCAAACAGCAGCUUUAAACACGCUUUCCUGUGCUCAGCUUCAGGUUCUGAACCUCUGAUUCCAACUUAAUCAAGUCCGAUCAGAAAAGGACACGCUUUUAACUUCAUGCACAUGGAGCUGUGACCCGGUAGCGAUGACGUUCUUCAAAGCCGGCGCCGGACCCACGUAGGUUCAUUCGCAGCACAGCAGUCACUGACCUGCACACGGACCCUGAUCCUUUGCUCUGUCUCUGUCGGUUCCAAAAACCAAAGCAGCAGCUCUGCAGCACGUGAACGACUACAAACCUUCUGCUGAGGCCCAGCAGCUCAGGAUCCUGCUCCACGGCGCAGCUGGUUCUGAGGUCCAGCUUCAUGGACUCGGUCCUCGUGCUGAGAGGCCGGAUGUGGGUGGAGGCUCUGGUGGAUCUCGUAGUGGUUUGGUUUCACCAAAGCCAGACCUGAGGAACGUCUCUGAGACUCUGUCCUGUUUGGGUCUGAGCUCACGUGUUCUGGUGUCUGAGGCUGCUGCAGUUCAAUGCAGAUCCCAUGAACUGCAUCUUCCCUGUGAGGAACCACCACCACCGCUGGACGCGCUGGUCCUCAUGGACCUGCUGGUACCAGCUGUUUCUACAAACAUGGAUCCGUCUCAUCAUGAGAAGAUGAAGAGCAGCUUUACUGGAUCCACCGGAACAUGGUUCUGCUUCUGCACUUUCUUCUGCCUGUUUGAAACACGAUCAAAGCUUUUCACUCGUUGUCAAACAUUAAACAGAUCAAACUGGACCGAAGCUGCAGGUUCGUGCCUUUCGCUCCUGUUAACGGAUCCGUCCUGCAUCCGACUGACGAUCACAACAUGCUGUUAGACGGGAGCAGGCUGUCAGUGGACGCUCACAGCACCAGGGUUUCAGGGGCUUCGUCCCGUCUGCAUGUGGGACCCGUUGGACCUGAGUUCUGACCAUGAGCGUCCUCACAGAUCAUCAGCUGCGGGUUUAAUGACGCCUCCCGAACCUGCUGGGUUCGGUUGGUACCGGCUCAGAGCUCCAGCAGGGGGCGGGCUGCUGCUUCCACGGCCUUUCCGCUCUCACGUGCUUCUGACGAGUCACAGCUCAACUCCGCUAAACUCUCAGCUCAGUAAAGACGUGACGUGGGACGCGUAACGGUCGGUGUGAAGUGAAUCAUGCUCAGAGAAGAGACGUCUGAGAGUUCGGUCCGGCGCAGGCGCCAAACCUUCCCGUCGCCGAGUGGAGGGGCUUCAGGGGCUUUAGGAGAAAUCACGUGGUUGAGAGAAAAGAAAAGUGAAACUAAGAGGCAGCUUCCUGCGCCUCGUUUCCACGUCGCGCUUAUCUCUGAGCAGAACCGUCCAGAAGCGCGAUGGGAGGACAAGCAGCGACACCAGCUCCACCUCCAGUGUUUGAUAAACCGUGGAGGACCGUAGACUGGAGAGGAAAACAAAGAGCGCUGGAGAAGGUCAAUAAGUACAAACCAUAUACUGAAGAUCAGCACCUCCGGAUUCUGCUUCAUGGACCAGUCGGAGCGGGGAAGUCCAGUUUCAUCAACUCGGUCCAGAGCGUUGUGAGAAGCAACAUGAAUGUGAAGGCUCUGGCUGAUCACAGCUCUGGAAGUUGUUUCACCAAAGAGUUCACAACCUACAACGUCGAGCGAGAGGGUGGGGACGCCGUGCACCCGUUUGUGUUCAACGACAUCAUGGGCCUGAGCGCAAACAAAGGCGUGCUGGUGGAAGACGUCAAACUGGCCUUGAAGGGUCACGUGAAGGACGGCUACAAGUUCAACCCAGAGUCCAAACUGUCAGAGGGGGACGGGUUCUACAACAGCGCUCCGUCCGCCAACGACCGGGUUCACAUCCUGGUCUGCGUCAUUCCUGCCGACACGCUGUCGUCCAUUAACGACAGUAUCAUCAAGGAGAUCCGUGAGAUCAGGCUGGAGGCCAGUCGCAUGGGGAUUCCUCAGGUGGCCGUUCUCACCAAGGUGGACAUGGCCUGUCCAGAGGUGGGGAGGGAUCUGAAGAACGUCUACCUGAGCAAACGUAUAAAGAAGAUGAUGGAGCAGUUCAGCGCCGACUCUGGGAUCCCCAUGAACUGCAUCUUCCCUGUCAAGAACUACCACGAGGAGAUCGACCUCAGCGACGACAUGGACGCGUUGAUCCUCAGCGUCUUAAAUCACAUCAUCGUCUAUGGGAACGACUUCAUCAACAUGAAGCUGCGCAACAGUCGUUCAUAAUAUGCUGAUUUACCGUCAGCUGCAGUUUAUGACAUGUCGCUAAUAAUAAUCAUGUUAUAAUCAUCAGUAACACAUGGUGUGAUGACAACAUGGCUUUAAUUUAAUGUAGACCCAGCAGAUCCAAGUUGAGCUUAUUGUUAUUAUGGGAUGUAACUGAAAUGACAAUAACAGACACACGAUUUAAUGUGUUUGAACCUCGCUGGGUCUCACUGGUGCGGAUGCGAUCCAGCACCAGUGCUCCCAUUAGGAGAGGCGGGUCGGCUGGAGCGGGACAGGGAGCUCCGUCUCUGUGGUCCCGGUGCUGCCCGACUCACCAGCCGAGACGAGCUGACUCGGGCUCGGGAGGUGAGCUUGUUGUACAGGCUCCUUGUGCACAGCUUUGCGUUGAUCUGCUGCAUGAAUAAAGAAUAAUCACCAUCAUAAAAA